AUGGGCAAUGACGGAGGAAGCAUCCCAACACGGCGUGAACUCGUCAAGGAAGCGGCGCGGAAUCCAACUGCCACCGAACUCAAAGACAAGCAAAAGGAGCACCUUGCUCAUCGUUGGUCUACCUGCCCAGUCUCCCACAAACCCCUCGUCAAGCCUAUCGUUUCAGAUUACUCAGGCGAUCUCUACAAUAAGGACGCCAUUAUUCAGUUUCUGCUCCCUGCCGAAGCCAGCUCUGUGGACAAACAAGAGUACGAGAAAUUCAUUCAAGGUCGGAUCAACAGUCUCAAGGAUGUAGUCGAAGUGCAAUUUGAAGCAGAACACGAUGAGAAAACCAAGUCAGACCGAUGGAUCUGCCCUGUGACAUCGAAAGAACUGGGCCCGAAUACCAAAGCAGUCUACCUCGUUCCCUGUGGUCAUGCAUUUUCACAAGAGGCCAUCAAAGAGAUGAAGAGUGAGGGAAAAUGUGUGCAGUGUGGCACUCCAUAUGAGGAAAGGGAUGUUAUCCCCAUACUUCCAAGCACUGAGCAAGACAAAGCGCGCGUGAUCGAGCGGAUCGAAGCCCUGAGGUCUCUGGGACUCUCGCACUCUCUGAAAAAGGCCAGUGGGAGCAAGAAGCGGAAGGCAAAUGGUCACAGCAAAUCAGACCAACUGCAGCAAGCCUCGGAACAGCAAGCAACGGGGACCAAUGGGCAGGAGAAAUCAACACCGUCCAACACCACUCUCCCUGCGACAAGCCUGGCAGGGAACUCGAUAACAAAUCUGCCAAAUGGGAUUAAGAAUGCUGCAACCGCCAGUCUUACCGCCCGAGUCAUGGAAGAGGAAGCAGCCAGGAAGAAGAGAAGGCGUGAGAACGAAAACAUCAGCUCCUUGUACUCUAAGAAAUCAGACGAAAAGAGUCGAAGGGACGCCGAUUUCAUGACCCGAGGGUUUUCGAUCCCUGCGAGUGCCCGACACAAAUAG